AUGGCUACGGCAAACAAUAAAAGAAAAUGUUUUACAUGUGAUAGAGAAAACAAUAUUUAUACUUGUGAAGGAUGUUCAAAAAGAUUUUGUUAUAUGGAUUUAGCUGAACAUCAACAAAGAUUGAAUGAUGAACUGAAUCAUAUUAGUCAUGGCUAUAAUGAAUUUAAACAAAGAAUAAAUGAACACAAACAAAAUCCACAAAAUGAUGCAUUAACAAAACAAAUUGAUCAAUGGGAAAUAAAUUCAAUUGAAACAAUUCAACAAAAAGCACAAAAUUUUAGAGAAAUUGUCUUUAAAUCUUCACAAACAUUUAUUAAUGAUAUUGAAAAUAAAUUUAAUGAUUUACAUAAACAAAUACAGCAACUUCAGAAAGCAAAUGAUUUCAAUGAAAUUAAUUUAAACUAUUUAAAAAAUCAAUUAACUGAAAUUACACAAGAAUUAAAUCAUCCCUUAAAUAUAUCUAUUCAACAAAACUCACAAUCAUUUAUUAGUGAUAUUUCAAUUAAUUCAUCUAAAAAAUCAAAAUGGAAACAAAAUGGCAUCACCGUAGCUGGUGGAAAUGAAGGAGGAAAAAAAUUAAAUCAACUCAAUGGUCCUGUUGGAAUGUUUAUUGAUAAAAACAAAAAUAUUUUCAUUGCUGAUCGUGAAAAUAAUCGUAUUGUUGAAUGGAAAUGUAAUGCAAAACAAGGACAGAUCAUUGCAGGUGGAAAUAAGAAAGGAGAUCGAAUGGAUCAAUUGAAUUGUCCAACAGAUUUGAUUAUUGAUCAACAAACUCAUUCGAUCAUCAUUGCUGAUAAUGGAAACAGCCGAGUGAUGGAAUGGUUUAAUCAAAAGCAACAAAUUCUCAUUCACAAUAUUGACUGUUAUGGUUUGGCAAUCGAUAAAAAUGGAUAUCUUUAUAUUUCUGAUUGGAAGAAGAGUGAAGUAAGACGAUGGAAAAUAGGAGAUUAUGACAAUGAAGGAAUUAUAGUGGC